ACACAAUUUCCUAUUUGCAUCAAUAAAGUAUAUCUGCGAUUCAGAUUUGUGUGCACUAUAAGUCCCACAAUGCAGCACGGUUGUGACGUAAUCUUCGCGCGCCACUGGCUCUUGCAAGAGAGCGGAAGCUUACCGCCGCUAAUUUGACGGUUCCCAUCACUGAUGUCUCAACAACCACAACAAACGCUGCCCUCAGCCCCAGACUCCCCAGCACUGGUGGUCACCUCCAAUGUGCAGAAAUAUGCCAUGAAGAAGAAGAAAGUGCUCAGCGCCGAGGAAACGGAGCUGUUUGAGCUGACCCAGGCUGCGGGCAUCACUGUUGACCAAGAGGUCUUCAAGAUCAUAGUGGACCUGUUGAAGAUGAACGUGGCUCCCCAGGCAGUCUUCCAGACUCUGAAGGCGAUGUGUGCAGGCCAGAGAGUGGCCGACAGCUGCGGCGGAGAGUCGGCGUCGGCCGCCACCCACACCACCGGCAUCGGCUCCGCGCCUACAGAGGCCAGAGAAGAGGACUCUUUGGUCUCUGGAAAGAGCCCUAAGCCUCCCGCUGCUCCCCCCUCAGCGUCUGGCCCCAGAGCCACAAGGGUCAACACUAAGAUUGUGGUCUACGGUCCCCAAGACUCUAGCGCUCCUCACUCUCAAGCAGUGCGCAGUAAAGCUGGAGCGAGCCACAGUGAGAAGAGCAGAGAGGCUUCCGGCCAGCGAGUGCAGCGGCAGUCCAGCGCCACCAGGGGACAGAAGACCAAGAGCUCCGGCAGCAGUAGCUCCUCCUCUCAGAUAAACUCCACAUAAGAUGCAGGUCGACGUGAGACCAUUUGUAAAUAUGUACUUGUCUUUGCAUUUAACUUAUCUUUAUGUUUUAUUGUAUGACUGGUUCACCUAAAUAACAGAAAACAAAUUCAUGGAUUUAUUUGCAUGGGGUCUGCUGCCUCUAUGCAAUGGAGGUGAAUGGAAUUUUUUUUACAGUGUAGAAAAUUAAAAAUGGGAUAACCAGAUUACCCUGAUUAAUCCACACAUGUCUAUAUGAACUUUUUUUUUUCUGGUUCAUCAUAGUACAAGAUAAAACCAGUCAGAGUGAUGUUUGUGAAGAGCCACAGAUAUCUGAGGACAUGGGAGGAUAAAAUGAACGCAACAUACAUUACUAGAUAAGAUACCAAGGAUGUUAAGUGAGAAAAUAUGGAACUUUUUUUUUUAUAUUCUAGUAUACACAUGUAGCCUUGUAGCAUUCAGCAGAAACAAAGUUGUUUUUUUUAUACUGGAAAAUAUUCAAUGUGCAGCUUUUUUAUAGUACAAUGAACCUCAAAUAAAUCCAACAACGAUAAACUAAAA